UUAUUGUCUAUCAAGGUGCUGUGGUUAGCAAAGUUUGGCAGCCACUGAUCUAACCGUUCAUUGCUCUCUUGCUCUCUCUCCAGAUCGAAGACAUGCAGUGGCCUCGAGGGGAGCAGGACAUUCCCAGCUCGGUGUGCAGCCUUCCCUGUAGAACCGGCGAGAGGAAGAAGGUAGUGAAAGGCAUGCCCUGCUGCUGGCACUGCGAGUCCUGCGACGGCUACCAGUACCAGUUCGACGAGUUCACCUGCAAGCACUGCUCCUACAACAUGAGGCCCAAUGCCAACCGCACGGCAUGCCAGCCUAUACCCAUCAUUAAGCUGGAAUGGCACUCACCCUGGGCGGUGAUUCCGGUCUUCCUGGCAAUGCUCGGCAUCAUCGCUACGAUCUUCGUCAUGGCGACGUUCAUACGGUACAACGAUACGCCGAUUGUCCGAGCGUCCGGCAGGGAGCUGAGCUAUGUCCUCCUGACUGGGAUAUUUUUAUGCUAUAUCAUCACAUUCCUCAUGAUCGCCAAGCCAGAUGUUGGCGUGUGCUCGUUCAGAAGGAUCUUCCUGGGUCUGGGUAUGUGCAUCAGCUACGCCGCCCUCCUCACCAAAACCAACCGCAUCUACCGAAUCUUCGAGCAGGGCAAGAAGUCAGUGACGGCGCCCAGGCUGAUCAGCCCCACCUCACAGCUGGCAAUCACCUCCAGCCUCAUCUCAGUCCAGCUGCUGGGGGUGUUCAUCUGGUUCGUGGUGGAUCCGCCCAACACUGUCAUAGACUAUGACGAGCAGAAGACCUUCAACCCGUAUCUGGCCCGAGGGGUGUUGAAAUGUGACAUCACGGAUCUUCAGAUUAUCUGUUCGUUGGGUUACAGCAUCUUAUUGAUGGUAACGUGUACUGUUUACGCUAUAAAGACCCGCGGGGUGCCGGAGAAUUUUAACGAGGCCAAGCCCAUCGGGUUCACCAUGUACACCACCUGCAUCGUAUGGUUGGCUUUUAUACCCAUCUUCUUUGGCACGGCGCAGUCUGCAGAAAAGGUAGGAACCAAUGGAUGAAUGGGCGAAAGGGUGGAUGAAAGAUGAACAGCUGGAUUGUUUGAUGGCUGGGUGAUUACAGUAUUUCACUUUCAGUAGAUAGUACGACAACACAAGACUCAUGUCCUGUUUGCAAAUUGAAAAACAGUUUUGGUGUUUGAGCUACAUAUUCUCAAAGCUGCGCUUCUCUUUCUAAUAAUACAUCAAAACAAUGAACACAAACACAGGACUUUCAACCAGGAGAACGGUGUUGGAGACUAGUGUACGUGUCCCAAAGUGUUGUUUAGUCAUUUUGAAUCACUUGUUUUUCAUACCUAUGUUACGUUGUUUAAGUUUUACUUAAUUUAUGUACUUAUUUUAAGCUCAACCAUGAGGUUUUUCCUUAACCUAACAAAGUUGUUUUGUUGUCUGAACCUAAGCAAGUGUUUUUGUUCGCAACCAUGUGUUGCCUGCAAAGUGAGCCAAGUCGGUAUGUGAUGAUUUGGAAUGAGAAGAAAUUAAAUUGUCAAGGGGGAGUAAACAAAACAGUGCAGAGAAAAUAGAAAUAACCUUGUUGAUCUGUUGUGACUGACUACCAGUUAGCUUGUUGUUCCCCAACUAGCAGUCCCAAUAGUCACUCUGUCACCAAGCUUCCAGAACCAUAUUUUCGAGAUGACACGCGGAUGAAUGUUGCUGUUCCAUUUUCUGCUGUGACCAAAACCUUAGCAUCAAGUCUCUGACCUCUGACUAUGACUGUGACACGAGAUUUGAGUCGGAAAUGUUUGGUAACGCUCAGACACUGUUGCACUACAGUCUGAUGAAAGUUCCUAUUGUCCACAAUGAUACGUCUCUUCAAAGAUUUUACCGCCUUUCUUUCCUACAUCACCAGUGGUUUUUCUGCUGUCUGUGGACACAUUUUGUUUGCCAACUCCAGGUAACCAACCUACUCUCGACAUGUGACAUCAUACAGAUUAUCAGAGGUGGGACCGAGUCAUUGUUUUGCAAGUCACAAGUCAAGACAGGCCAGUCCUGAGUCCUAAACUUUGAGUUUCGAGUCUCAACUCAAAGUCAUUAUAAACUCUUCACUAAAAGUAAUGUCGUAUGCGUGUCUGUAAUCGGUACUUACUCACACUUGUUUCAUACUGCAAUUCAGUUUUGUUUGACCACCAUGUGGGAAGAAAUCAGCUUUGGUAUCCUUUUUUUCCAACUGGUGCUCAGUAAUGUUGUCCUAGUUCUUCAUGGUUCUCUCCUGCAUCUGUUGGUGAUGAAUACCAUACAUUUUAAAUAAUAUACUUUUUAAUAUUUGGGUUUUGGUGAAGGGAUCAAGUAUUUCAAAGUCAAAAGGCUCAAGUCCAAGUGAAGCAACACGUCACUAGUAUUAAAGUAAAAUUUGGGUUCUAAGCCUCCUUUUGAUUUUGUUGAGUCAGGACUAAAGCCAUCGUUGCGACUGGAGUCUGACUCGAGUACAAGUCAUGUAACUUAAGUUCUACACCUCUGAUUAUUGAUUAUGCAGUCAAAGGCUUUAAACUUCCAUACACUCUCACAUAGUGACAUAACUUCAGAGUCUUGUUACACAGUCUCCAUGACUUUCAUUAUCAGCCACAGUAAAAUAGCAUUAUAUAAUAACAAAUCCCUGUCUCCCUCAGUUUAAAAACAGGAGAAUCACGCACAUACUCUGUCACGCUGCAAUUAAUAAUCACCAACAAAUCACAAUAUAGCGAAAAUCCAUGUCAAGCAGAGAAUUACGGCAUCAUUCAUAAUGGGUCACUAUCACUGUUGUGUCCCAUUUUAUCAGCCUAAAGGCUUCCAGACGAGCCUGAUCUGACACUAGAAAAUAAUCUCAUCCUCAUCUGAGCAGAGAGAGGAAGGCUUUGUUAUGAAACCCAAUGAUCCACAUGUUGCAGUGAAAUGACACCAAUGUAAAAAAGAAGGGAAAAAAAGGCAGUUGCAAUGAUCUCAUGUAUGAAUCAAGAUGGAAUUUAAAGCGCAUGUGGUUGGUAAAUGACUGCAUGUAGACAGACCGACAUAUUACUUGCUGUCUGUUUGUUACGACCCCAGAUCUUGUUUGCUCUCAUCGGCUACUCUGUCCUGAUGAAGCAAUUCCAGUGGGUAGAUUUAAUAAAAGACAACAGCUGCAAUCCCCAGGAGUUACCACUCCUCAGAGACUGGGCAUGAUUGUGUUGUUGUCUCUCUCCUUUGGGAUUUCAAAAGGUUCUAAGAAGUCCCGGAGGCUGACACAAGUGGCUCGUUGUCAUCCAAGGCUCAAACUGAAAAUGUGUUCUAAUGUGAGUAAGUUAUAGGAUGGAGGUAACUUGUUGGAACAGUUUAAAGGUGCUUAUAAUUAUUGUAUGGCCUUCAAGUCUGAUCACAAUUUUAUAAAAACUACUGCCAAAUGAAAUGAGUCUCUGCAUUUAGGCCUUUAAGAAAUGUGGAAUGCAAUCUGCUGAACAGUGUUAAUAAGCUAUAGCACAACUCCACCAUGCACUGCAGGGAUGAAUAGCGAUUAUGUGAGCUCUGGUUCAUGUCCCUACAGAUCUGUUUAACAUCUGUUGGUUGUUUUUGGACACUUAGAUGUAUUAAUGACAUUUUACUGAAUCCAUACAUGCAAAGUGGGCAAACUUGCAUGUUCUUCUUUAUUACAGUUUGUUUACAAUUAGUUACACACAUUUCUCUAAACUGACUUUACUUUCAAAACGCUCCACAGUUUUCAAAUUAUAGCUAUUUAAAAUGCAAUUACAAUCAUUUGAACCAAAAUAUAAUUAGUUUACAGAAAAGUAUUAAUCUGUAUUGUAUGCUGUAUGGAAUGGCUUAGUUGAUGAUUAGAGGAGAAGGGAACCAUAAGCUGUUUUAAACAGGGUAAUUGAGAUAUACAUUUAAAAACAAACAAUGUUUUGAGGAAAUAUAGCAGCGUGUCGUCGGCGUAGAAGUGAAUGCAUUUAAUGAUCACUUAUUAUUCAUGAAUUGUUUUCUCACUCAAACUCAACUUCCACCAAACUUCUCCGUAUUUACACUUCAUUUUACAUGUGUCCUCUUUACAAAAAUGUAUGUUGUUAGAGGAACUGUUGUGCUGAGCUUCAUGUAAGAUGCAGCAGUGUCUCCUCCACGUCACACCUUCGGUCCUCCAUGUGUCCUUGCCUCCUUUCUAACCUCUUUUUUCUACCUUUCACUCUUUUGUAGAGGUCAUCCAGGAAUGACAUGAGGCACUGAACGGUGCAUGGCCCAAUCACCUCUUUAUGUACUUUUCUUCCUCCUUUUUUACUAUUUUUGUCGUAGAAGAAUGUUGCCAAUUUCUCUUUUAAAAAUGGCGUGCAAACAUGUAGAAAGGAGUUUGAAUACACAAGUUUGGCGGUGGUCGAGUUUGAGUGAGAAAAGAGUUCUCGUAAUUUCAUGUGGUCACUGAAAGCAUUCAAAGUCAAAGCAGUGAAAAGUUUAGUCUAACUGUGUGAAGAGUUGUGAGGAAUUGAAUAAAGAUUUGUAAAAAGGAGCCACGUCAGGUCCGGCUUACAGGCUUUUCUUGAUGCGAUGAACUUCUGUGGUAUUACCAGAGUGAAUUUAUAUUACAUUUUGAUGAAGCACAAAUAUCUUUCUAAUACCUGAGUUUCCAGUGAUUGACAGUUUGGUAAGGGGCUGUAAACCCAGCCAGAGGCAGAGAUUACGAAUGAUCAGCUGUUCCCAACAUCCCUCAGGCCCAGGUAGGAAUGUCCGGUUUGACACGGUGAGCUCCGGACUUUGAUCUUUGGUAGUCAUUUGAAAAACAAAGCUUCUCUGCUCGGCACUCAGCAUUGAAGGGAUGGAUUGGGGUAAACCCUUCUCAUGGACUUGUGUCCUGUCCACAGGGAUACACUUGUCCACCUGAACUGCUUCGGGCCACAGAGGCAGCUGAUAAACUCCCAGCCUCUGAGCUGCCUAACAGGGCUGUCAGUGCACGGUGAGGGGAAUCCUGCAGCCUGUGGCACUGAGCUCCACUUCAUCAUGAACGUUUUUAACUUUCAGCAUUGACUUGUAUAUGUAGUUUUCUUUUCCUAAAGGGGAAGGUGUUUGUGACAGCUGUUCAACCAAGGUGCUUUCUUUCUGGUAGUUCACUUCAUUUUGUUCGGACAAAAGAUCAAUUGAUUGUUCAGUCCACAAUGAUUUACAACUAACUCACUGAUCGGAAAGUCUUAUGGAUGUCAUUAUUUAAACUGAGCUCAUUAUCAGAACCCACAGAGUAAAAUCCACGGGAACGUAAUAGGAGUAGAACGGACGUUCACAUUCAAAAUCGACGUAGCAGGAUGGUCACAACUCUUUACAACCAAAGUGGCGCAAACGACUUACAUUUUCCUUUCGUCCCUGUUGCCCUGAGUAGACUACUUCGCCGGGAGGUGAGCAGGCGGUUAGCUGUAGCAACUAGCAUUAAGCGUUUAAUUUUUUAAGCGGUUAACGUUUUAACCAUAGACUGUAUAUAACAAGUGGACGUAGACACGUCAUCACCCAUUGGUUUGUAGACUGCUGUUUUGAAGCCUUGAGUUCGGCAAUUUUGCUGUUGCCGUCUUGAAAUUACGGCUGUCGCCAUGUUGUUGUUUUUUUUGCAACCAAUGAACAGAGGUUACCAUAUUUGGAAUGUGAAGAAGUGAUGUAGAGACGGCGUAGACGUCUCUAAUAGCUUUACCGACCUAUCAAUCACUGUGUAGCCCCGCCCUAAAGCAUCCCCUGCUUUAUGGUCUGUUUGACUCUAGGAGUCGCCCCCUGGUGGACAUUAGAGAGAAUGCAGCUUUAAGACACUUCAGCUUUGGUUUCACUUUUCAGAACCUGAGUUUGCAGACUGGCCGAAUCAAGUACAACCUCACAGAGCUGCUAGCAUGAUGGUAGACUCUUCGUCAAGUUACAUCUUUUUGCAACCGGAGGGGUCGCCCCCUGCUGGUCAGUAGUGAGAAUGCCAGUAUAAGACACUUCAGCAUCGGCUUCACUUGGCAGAACCGGAAGUUGCAGUCUCGGUCUAACCUGGUUAACGACUGCCUAUUGUUGGAAGCAUGCGGCCAGAUCAUACACAUUGCGCCUUUAAAGAAGUUAGUGAAUUAAGAACAUGUAACAAAGUCAUGUAACAAACAUGUUAUGAAAGGUCACAAAGACAUGAUAACGCACGUUAAUGUAUUUCAUAUUUAAGAGGGCUUGGAUCUGUCUUGUGAAAAGGAUCUUGCAGUCGAAAGAGAAAACAGGAGGUAGAUACGACAUCUGUGGGGAAGCCAGAGAUAAAGCAAGGAAGUACGGAGUGAUCUGCCGAGGAGACUGGGGAGAAAAAAAGCAACGAGAGCACAGUGUGAACUGUAGUUGAGAGGAAAAAAGAGAGGAUGGAGAAGAAGAGAAUGACAGGGAAACAGAGAAGACAACAGAGAGACAGGUAUUGAAAGAGGACAGAUAUAUACGGAUGUGUCUGAUAUCCGGAUGGCUCCGAGGCUUUUUCCUGCAGACUGAGAGUGAUGCUGAACUCCAGGAGGAGAGAUGCUGCAUCGUUAGGAUGAAGGUCUCAUCUGGAGAGAGAGAGAGGGGAAUAAGAGACCUUUUUAAUUUGUAUUUACUUACAUCACAUUGAAAACUAAACUGCAACAAAGCCUUGGAAGAAAAGGAAAUUAACCCAGCUCCAGUCCAAAGAAUAUCACAAAUCUUUGCAACAGCAGAUGCUGAUGAACAAAUUGUUCUUUAAAUUGUAAUUAUUGUAAUCAACUUUCCACAGGACGGUGUGGAGGGCAAUGACACCGUGUGAGGUGAAAGGUGCAUGCAGCUGUUGUAAAAACAUCAGGAAGUGAUUGAUUGUAGUUUGUCAGCAGUUGGAGCUGCAGCAGAAACACACAGAUCGUAGAGGAUGUUGCCCAAAUAAUAUUCUGACAACAAUGAACUCAGUGAAAAACAUGAAAUCAAAUUUACUAAAUACACAUUGACAGAUAUUGAGAGUGUGAGUUUAUUAAUCCCAUGUAAAUGUAUUAAACUCCACAGCACAUGAAGAUAUGAUCACUAUAUAUUUUAAUUAUGAUCACUGUUAUCAGAUAUAAAGUUUGUAUAAUAAUCACAACUGUUUUAUUUUCUUUGUUCAUAAUUUUCCUUUAUUUGAUUUGGCAUCACAUAUCUCUUCACAUUUCAUUCUGAAAUAGGGGGAAAAAAUCCUUCAUAAAGAUAAAUGUAUACACAACAACAAUAUGUAUCCAGUUAUAGACACAACAAACUCCAACAAAAUGACAGGUAGCACAGACAGUGAAUACAGAGCCUGUAAAUACACAGUUUAUAACACAAAUAUAUGAAUGAAAACUCAGAAAAGACCUCGACCCAUCUGUUGUCACGAAGAGACUAAAUUUUAUUUAAAAAUGUCUUUUGUUUUGUCCGAUCAAAGUAAUUUCAGUCAUUCAGUCAGCAGAGAAACUGAAUUGAUAUCUUCUUACAGUUUACUGAAAUUAUCAUAAAAGAACUAAAGAAAGUUAGGUUGCUCGUAUAUUUUUGUUUACAUGGAUCAUAAGAAACCUGGUUAUUCACAGUUAAUAUGAUUCUGAACAUCCAGGUUUCUGAUCACAUGUGUGCAGGUUCGUCUUGAUUUCUCAUCAUCUCAUUUCUCUACUGACAAUAAAAGUUCAGAAACUUGGAUCAGGUGUUUACGUGCCACCUUUUCUUCCGCCCCGAACUACGGAACAGGAUUUGGGGUAAGCGAGGGAAUGUCAGGG